AUGAUUGGGAAUGUGCGCAUCGACCCCAGUAGCCUGUCCUUCAGCAUGUGGAAGGAGAUUCCUGUCCCUUUCUACCUGUCUGUCUACUUCUUUAACGUCAUGAACUCCAGAGAGAUCCUUCAGGGCAAGAAGCCACAGGUGCAGGAGCGCGGGCCCUACGUGUACCGGGAGUUCAGGCACAAGGGCAACAUCACCUUCAACGACAACGACACGGUGUCCUUCCAAGAGUACCGCAGCUUCAAGUUCCAGCCUGACAAGUCCAACGGCUCCGAGGGCGACUACAUCGUCAUGCCCAACAUCCUGGUGCUGGGUGCAGCAGUGAUGAUGGAGAAUAAACCCAUGCCCUUGAAGGUGUUUAUGACCUUGGCAUUCAGCACCCUUGGCGAACGUGCCUUCAUGAACCGCACGGUGGGCGAGAUCAUGUGGGGCUAUGAGGACCCCCUCGUGCACAUCAUCAAUAAGUACCUCCCAAACAUGUUCCCCGUAAAGGGCAAGUUCGGGCUAUUUGCCGGGCUCAACAACUCCGAUUCCGGGGUCUUUACUGUGUUCACGGGGAUCAAAAACUUCAGCCGGAUCCACCUCGUGGACAAGUGGAACGGGCUCAGCAAGGUCAACUUCUGGCAUUCAGAUCAGUGCAACAUGAUUAACGGAACUUCUGGGCAGAUGUGGCCGCCAUUUAUGACUCCCGAGUCCUCGCUGGAAUUCUACAGCCCUGAGGCCUGCCGGUCCAUGAAGCUUAUAUACCAGGAAGCAGGCACGUUUCAAGGCAUCCCCACCUUUCGCUUCAAGGCUCCCGACACGUUGUUUGCCAGCGGGUCCGUAUACCCGCCCAACGAGGGCUUCUGCCCGUGCCUGAAGUCCGGAAUUCAGAACGUCAGCACCUGCAGGUUUAGUGCACCCUUGUUUCUCUCCCAUCCUCACUUCUACAACGCCGACCCCACCCUGGCAGCGGCAGUGCUUGGCCUCCACCCCAACGAAACAGAACAUUCCUUGUUCCUGGACAUCCACCCGGUCACAGGAAUCCCCAUGAACUGCUCUGUGAAACUGCAGCUGAGCCUCUACAUCAAGGCCAUCAAAGGCAUCGGACAAACCGGGAAGAUAGAGCCGGUGGUCCUGCCGCUGCUGUGGUUUGAAGAGAGAGGGGCCAUGGAGGGUGAGACCCUUCAGACAUUCUAUAUCCAGCUGGUAUUGAUGCCCAAGGUGCUACACUACGCGCAGUAUGUCCUCCUUGCCCUGGGCUGUGUCCUGCUCUUCAUCCCCGUCGUCUACCAAAUCCGGAACCAAGGUCCGGAAGAUGCCAAGAGCCAGCCUGGCCCGGCCGCUCAGCCAGACCUGCUCCCCAGCCCCUUCACCCCACUUCUGCAGGAAUCUCUCAGCGGACAGCCCACCAGUCCCAAAGCCUGAACUUCCCAAUUGCCACACACACGUCCGCACACUGCACACACAGCCGCAACACAUGUAUGCACAUGCGUGCGCAGGUGUGUGCAGACACACUCAGGGAUGGCGCUGCUGCUGAGAGGACUCGAGGAGAAGCACGUCAACAAGGACUGAUCUGGAACCUUCUCUCCAAGUCACUCACGGGCUGUGGGCAUUGGGUCCUCUCCCUUGGGUGAGCCUGUUCAGCCGUUAGACUACUUCUCCCAGUUGCCUCUCCAUCCGUUUUGAAACACUGCAGCCUCUGCUUGGUGGCUCACCCAGUGGGACAAGCUCUUACUCCAAGGGGCAGGCCACUGUCCUGAACCCUGGGAGGGCAGACUUCAUGUGCCAAAGCCAGGUGGGCAGAGCUGCUGUGGGCUCAGCGCCCAGCUUUGGCCAACUGUACCCACCUGGGCUGGGGGCACAGCCCCUUCACACAGGCCUCAGAAACCAGCGUGAGGGACAGAUGCCUCGUGGGUCUGCUCCGGACUUUGGUCUCCCUGAAGCCUACACAGGCACUGGAUUUGGGUGUCUGGGGCCCCUUUCCUCCAAGCUCAACUGACAUUGUCCUGUAUACUGAGCCAGCCACUCCCUCGGGCGGCGGGAGGCUCUGCCCCGAGCUGCCCCCUGACAAGGACCCUCAACUUUUAGGUGCUGGGGCAGAGGUGGAGUAGGCCUGGGCCCCGGCAGCCUGGCGUCUGGUCGGGUGGGGACUCAUCCAUCUGGGGUUUCUAGUCUCUGGGGCAAGCCUCUGUCUCUUUUCUACUGGAAGAGAAAUGAGUUUUAUCACCUUUUAAAAACAAUUCACUAUUGAAGUAAUAAACCUUUUAAAUAAGCGAACA